GCAGAAACAGAAUGCAGCUAUCAUUGUCUCUUCUCUUCCCACUAACCUGAAGAGACACAUGGUGUUUUCUUAUUUGAGAACUUUAUUCUGAUUAUAGGUCAUACUGACUUUGUGGAACGGUUUUUCACCUGUAACAUCUGCAGAGUCAAAAUGCACUGCACACGACUUCUUCAGGCUCUCAGUCACCCCCAGCCCGCUGUAACACCAGCUGAACUGGCCAUGUGUCUGGGACUGACUCAGCGGCAGCAGUUUUAUCCAAUGCUAUCCAUGUCUCCUCUCAAACCCACAAAGCAGCCAUCUAGCUGUCCUCAGAGGGCCACCAGCCACCCGACGCAUCUCUCCACCUCUUCUUCCUCAACGCUGCCUUUGUCUCGUGCACCUUCAAAGCUGCGGAGCUGUUUACGCAGAAACGCCAGUGGUUUGAACAGGAAACGUGUGGUGUUUGCAGAUACCAAAGGACUGGCGCUCACUGCUGUCCAUUUGUUCACCCCGGACCUUUCCUCCCUAUCUCCACCCCAACCCGAAACCCAACUGUCAGCCUCACACAAACUACUGUGUCACAAAUUUCAGGUGGGAUUCCCUCAGCCCAUUACGGACUUCAAAUCCUUUCUUGCACGCCCGCAAGAGCAACACAUACAGCUGGAGAGCUGCAGCAUCUCAGAGAACAUUUUAAGCGGCAUAGUGUUUGUUUCCCACUUUAUUACAAAAAAGGCUGUGUAUUUAAGGGUGACUUUUGACUGUUGGAGGAGCUAUCAGGACAUUCCCUGCACCUUCCUGCACAAUCAGCGCUGCAACGGUUUAGAAGUAGGAGCAUAUGCCUUUGACUUUAGCAUUCCUCCCAAAGUAGAUCCUAAUGACUUUGGCUUCUCACUCUGGGCAGGACCUGCCUCUUCGCCUCACGCAGAUGACAACAGGGGACGGAAUUACAGAAUAUGCAUUAACAAAGACGAAUCCAGUGUAGGCCAAGGCAACAUUAACCGGUUUUACCCAGCACUUUCAAAGCCCCGACCACCUGCUCGGAUGCAGGCGUCUUCGUGCCGUUCUGCUGAUCUGCAGUAUUUUCAGAGGGGAUUUUCAAGCGGAUUCAGCGCAGGACAGAUGCACAACUAAAGCAAACCGGUGAACUAGAGUGCAUUCUUAACAAACCUACAAUUUAAAAUGUAAGAGCAUUAUUAUAAUAAUUAUAAAUCACUGGGUUUCUGUUCAUAAACAAUCAGAAAUGUCUGCAAUGUGUAAAUGCUUAAAACAAAGCGAAAGGUGAAAUGUGAAAAAAAUUAAAUGUGAAUAUGUUCUGUGUUAACAGUCUAUCUAAAUUAUUUUAUUGAAAAUGCUUUGCUUCCUUUGCAUUGAAAUGUUAAUGCUUUCACACAAAGAUGCAGCUUUAUGUAAACUGCAGUGAUGCGUAGUUAUGUGUAUAAAUAGGAUCCGAUCAAAGUGCCCAAGGGGAAAUCAUUCUCUGAGCGUUGUUCUAUUCAUGUGCAGUUUCUUAUCAACCUUCUCCAAGAAGGAACAAAUUAAUCACGCAGUGCAUACUCUUGGCUUACACCAACACAGAUGCUGUGUUGGUGUUGGCUCUGAGUCAAUCUUUGAGUGUGCGUCAAGCAGACCAGACAGAACAAGUCACUAAACUGAGAGAUAUUCCGGGCAGCAGUUUGAUGAGAAGGGCCUGUUCUAACCACUCCCAAAUAGUGAAAUACGAGCUGGGAAUUAUCGCUCCCUGUAUGGUAAGGUAAGAUACAAAUACCUGGUAACCAUAGCAAUGUCUCAGCCAGUACUUCACUCUUGUGUUCACAUGCAAGGGUGGAGUCAUGUUGAAAUACUGUAGCAACAGGAGCGAGAGUUUCCCUUUCUCCGCUUUUCUUGUUCCAGUUUGUGAAUCAUCGCUGCAUUCUUUAUUUCUCCCUCACUUCUUCUACCCCUCAGGGUGGCAUCAGGUGUUUGUUUCCCAGUUACUAUGUCAAUUGCUAAAGUCAUGAACUCCUGGCUUAACCUCCUAAAACCUGGUGUACACAAUGACGUACCGUAUAUGCACAUAGUCUCAAAAUGUAUUAGACAUUUAUCUGGCAGGUGACUGUUUUUGUCAUUAUAUUUGACUCUUUUUUUCCCCUUAUUUUACCUUUCAUCUCGCUGCAGGACCAGCUGGACAUAGAUUAGCCAUGUAACUGGGUUGAUUAAGCAAUAGCUGGAGUUAUCCAACAGGGGGAAAUUGAUGCAUAAAAAAAGUGAUGCACCGAAAUGAAAAUGUGUGGCCGAAACCGAAACCGAAAAUAAUAAUAAACACUUGGCCGAAUACCGAACAAUACCGAACAUGGUUCUUCGCAGUUUUUCAUUUAUUUUGCCAAUUUUUUCACCAUUGCAUAAAUCAAAUAAAUCUGAUUUAGGCAUGCUUUUAAAAGAAAAAAAUCUUUUACAAAAUUACAAGGUAGAAAACAUUUGUUGAACAUAAAAAACUGAACAUUCUUUAAUUUCCCAGCAUUUCUUAAAUAUUCCAGCAGACAUUAUACCAGCAAAGAACAAUAACUUAAAAUAAAUAAAUUAGCAAAAUACAUUUUUUGGCCAUCUUUGAGCUUACAUUAGGCUUAACUGACUGAACAUUGUAACAUAGGCCUUAAAACAAUAAAAAUGCAUUAAAGCGCUCAGGGUUUUUUAUCAUUUCAAAUGAUAAAUCAAACUUGUAGUGCUGAAAGACUUUGCAGAUGUGCCCCCUCUAGAUAUUUGAGCAGAACAUUCAUUGCAAACAGCCAUUCUUGUAUUAUUCUUUGCCACUCUAAAAUACUUCCACACUGCUGACAUGUUUGCACCGCACCACUUCACUCCAGGCUCUUCCACGUUUGAUUUCGUCAUCUAAACGCACCUGUAAUGGAUUGAUUCAUGUUGUUUUGGUAAAAUUCUUAUGUGGUUAGUUUUUGGUUGGCCAACGAUUUAUGUGGUGGGCAACAGUUACGGAGCGGCCAGUCUAUUUCCUUAUAUUACAACGCCGUUAUUAAUUGUUCGGUUUUUUCCCAACUUAUUCCACCGAACACCGAAAGUGUUUUUUUGCCAUUUUCGGACGAACAAUUUCGGUUACCGAACAAUCGGUGCAUAACUAAAAAUGUCUUUUCGUUUUUUAUUCGUUUUUUUCAUCUUUUCCAAUGCUAAAAUCCCUCAGGAAAACCACAAUCGAGACAAAGAAAUGUAACUGAAGAUGUUAGAGCAGGGGUGUCCAAAGUCGGUCCUCCAGGGCCGGUGUCCUGCAGGUUUUAGAUGUUUCCCUGCUUCAGCACACCGUGAUAAAAGUAGCUGUGUCACCAACAGAGUUGUCCAGACCUUGAUGGCAAGCUGGUGACAACCGUUAAUUUGAAUCAGGUGUGUUGAUGCAAGGAGACAUCUAAAACAUGCAGGACACCGGCCCUCAAGGACCGACUUUGGACACCCCUGUGUUAGAGUAACCCUUAGUGCAGGAAUAAUUUAUGUCAUUUAUAUAUUUGCGUUCAAUUCAUGGUGAGACCUUUAUCUAAGUUGUGCACUGAAUACAUGAUUCAUAUAUUCAAGAUUUAUCUUGGUUAGGAGUAUCUGUGUUUUUGCUGCACAUUUGUGCUCUAUGCUUUGUGAUUGGCCUGUGUUACCCUCAUUUAAGCACAUUCAGUGCCUGAACAAGACAACAAUUAUGUAUAUAUUACUGAUUUAUUAAGUGUUGUUAUAAAGUGGAAAACCAUGUUUCUGUUAUCUCUUGCAACUUGUUGUGUUUGAAA